AUAGAUGUGUUGAAACGACACACCAGUUCUGUGUUACAAACAUCAUUCUUUCAUAUGUGUAAAUUUCAUUUUUGUAGAAUUAAUAAUUUUUGAAAAAAAAAUGUAAGGCAUUACUUUUUGGGCAACCCUCGUAAUUAUACAAAAAUUUUUUAUUGUAUAGGUUUCUAGAUUUCAAUAACGAAGAAGUAAGAGAAAUUGCUGCAGUCAAAACCUCUUUGUAUAAUGUUAUACCAACGACAUCAAUUUAUUUGGUAUAUUUGUGCAAACUUAGUUGCAUUACUUUGUGUUUCUGUACAUACCUGGGAAUUUAAUGAUACUCAUAUUCAAACAUUGUCUGCUUAUGGUAUUGCUUCGAAAGCUAAUGUUCUUAACUCAACAACAUGCGGAAAAGAAUUGCAAGACUUUCGAGACGCUAUUGAUCAACGGAUAUUAUGGAGUUUAAAAAUUUUAGAUUCCAGUGGCGGAUUUAAACCAGGUUUUUUAUAUGGAAAUAAUUAUUGGCUAGGCAGUCGUAGCCAGUGUCUCGAUACGAUGAAUAGAAGUCUUUCGAUGUCAUCGAGAAUAAUAUUGAAUAACAUGCAGUAUCGUGAUUUACAAAAAGAAUUUCCGCCUUUCGAUAUAAAUUACUUUGUCGCUCAUUUUAGAUACAAUAGUACUUUUCAAUAUCAUAUACGUAUGUUUACAGAGGAUGUGAUAACACUAGGAUUCUGUCUGCCAGCAUCGUGUUCUACAAGCAAUCUAAGUUUUAUAUUGGAAAGGAUCAUUCAAGACAAAAUUAUCUUAAGAUAUGAUCUUCAUUUCACGGACAUCCAUUUGAUUCGGGUUAAAAAUCUGAAAGAUGAUGACAAGUUAUCCGGUGGUGCAUUUCUUUAUAUUUGUAUAGGCUUAGGUCUCUGUUUCAUGACAACAAUCGGCACGAUAUAUGAUAUAUUCAUCCAAAAAAAUUUAAAGAAAAAUGACAUGAACAAAAUUAACAACGAUAUUAAAGACGUAUCCAGAGAAAUAAGAACAGAAGUAAAUUUGCCCUUAUAUGAGAAAAGUGUUAUUGGAGAAGUAUUAACAUGUUUCUCCGCAUAUACAAAUACAAAAAAAUUAUUUAGUACAAAAUUAGAUGUUGGCACAAUACCAGCCAUUCACGGCUUAAAAUUUAUAAAUAUGUGUUUUAUAAUUUCAAUGCACUGUUUCUAUUUUACAGUAGAUUCUAUCGGUAAGUAGAAUUUAGAAUAUAUACUAUACAAAAUAAAUAUUCAUCUCUUGAGGAAAUUUUUUAUACAUAUAUAGUAUAAUUACAUAUAA